AGCAGAAUCUUGUUUAAGAAUUUGACAAAAUAUAACAGGAUUUCAUUUUUCUGUUGUUUAACAGGAGAAAUACAUGAAUAAAGGUCAUUUUUAAAUCCCAUAAGUCUUUUAGCCAAUCAAAUGUGAGUAUUUGGGAUAGUCCGCCAUCGCUCGUGACUUCAGUUUCAGAUACUUAAAAUUUCUUUGCCAGUGGUGUGAAACGAGCGCUGCUAGCCCUCCCGGUCAAAAUGGGUUGGACAUCUAUUGGCGUCAAUGGCAGCCAAUAAGUUAAUAUUUAAAAAUGAAAAUACAUUUUUAUAACCUGAGCUUUUUAAUCCGAUUCCAAUCUUCUUAAAAAAUGAUGUGAUUGGACGCCCGAUUUCCGAUCACGUGAUCGUAACAUUUUUUUUUUUUUCCUACAAUGUAAAAGGGGAAACUUUAAAAUGUUUUUGAGGGGAAAAAAUAUAACUCCUGAUUUUGGGCUUUUUUUUGGAAAAUUUAAAAACACUGUAAAAGGAAAGAGUUUAACUAAAGUCCUCAUUUGGGGCUUUUAUUUUAGAAGAUAUGUGUAUUCAGCAAAGCUCAUGUGUCGUUAUAAUAGAAAUAAAAAAAUUAAAAUGAUUUUAAAAGUGAUAUCGAAUAAUAUCAACAUCGGUUUUGAGCAAAUACGCAUGUUGCAUUCAAAGUUAAUGAAGAAUUUCCGCCUUUGUACAAGGGCUGGCCACGGCUUAGCAAAGAUUCUCCUUAUUUUUCACUGAAUAAUUAUUUGGAAAAGCUUGAAGUUGUUACAUUUAUCAUUAUAAAAACAUCCAGUGGGGCAUUACAAUUAAUGCUGCAACAAUUAAUAAUCAAUUAAUUCGAUAAGAAUAAAAGCUUCAAAUCAAAUUUUGCUGCUUUGAGUAUUCGUUUAAAGGGAAUCAAGGAUAGAAGGACAUGUAGUUCUUACAAGAAAAAAAAAUCAGUACGAGUUAUGGUAAUUGAUGUGGGAAAAUAUUACAUUAUGCUUUUGUGAUGUAUGAUUGCUUCUGUGACAUAGAUUGUGACAACUUCUAUUGUUUUUCACCUUGUUCCCAUAGUUAGGAGAAGCGCUUGAGAAUCUCACGAGACAACUUGUUUUGCACCAUAGUAUUGUUUUGCUAGGAAUUGAUCCUGCCGCUGCUGCUGCUGGCUCUGCUGGUCCUCAUCAGCACUCAUAAUCCGCACGUGUCGUAUGCCGGCGAGGCCACGGUGGAGCGCGAAAAGGACGAAGUGACGGUUCUCAGAGGGCUCGGCUAUGCGCCCGCUACCAACGUCACCAACCGUAUCAUGGAGGAGGUCGCCCAGGAGAUGCACCUCCAAGACGGUUUGGAGGUGUUCGGCAGCGAGGAGGAGCUGGAGAACGCCAGCCUGUACCAGCCGUCCAGCUUCGUUGGCGUGGUGUUCGCCGACGCUUCGGCUACGUCUUACAGUCUGCGCUUCCCUUACGACCGGCUGCCGCAUCCAAGCGACUUUAUCGAGUCCGGCGUCACCUGCCCGGGAGGGUUUUUCAACUGCCGAGCUGCAAACUAUUGGUACUCUGGAUUCGUCCGCCUACAGUUGCUGAUAGACGCCGCCAUCAUCCAGAUGCAGACCAAGCGCUCGGUGCGGAACGAGCUCGACGUGACGGUGGUGAUGAUGGGCCGUCCGGCCUUGGUGGAGGUGGAGAAAUUCCCCCAUGCGCUCAUUUCCAUCUAUCUGGUGCUGGCCUUCACGCCCUUCGUCACCUUCCUCAUCGUCAAUGUGGCGGCCGAGAAGGAGCGGCGCAUCAAAGACACCAUGACCAUGAUGGGUCUCUACGACUCAGCCUUCUGGAUGUCAUGGGGCCUCCUUUACGCCGUCCUCGUGACGGCCAUGUCCGUCCUGAUGUCCGUCAUCGCCACAUCUACGUCCCUCUUCCCCCACAGCAACUUGGCCGUGGUCUUUUUCCUCAUCUUCCUCUACGGGAUCUCCUCGAUCUCCUUCUCCUUCAUGCUGACGCCAUUGUUCAGUAAGCCCAAGUUGGCCAGCACAGUGGGCUCCAUGUUGACGGUGGUCUUCGGAUGCCUGUCGCUUUUCACCGUCCUCAUGAAGGAUUUCCCGCAGGCGCUAGUCGGGAUCUUCUGCUUGCUCUCCCCCGCUGCGUUCUCCAUUGGCGUCGCGCAGGUGGUGUACCUGGAGGCUCAAGGAGAUGGCGCAAACUUCUGGUCCUUGACGAGCGGGCCUCAUCCGCUCUACGUGCCCCUGCUUAUGCUGCUUUUCGACUGUGUUCUCUACCUGCUGUUGGCCGUCUACUUAGACCAGGUUCUGCCAGGCCGGUUCGGGAUGAGGAGGUCCUUGUUAUACUUCCUGAAGUCGUCCUAUUGGUCCAAAGGCAGCGAGCGCUACGUGGAAGUGAGCUCGGCCUCGGAUGCCGAGGCCAACGGCGCUCCCGCCGGGGGUGACUCGGCGGAGCCCAUUUCGCCAGAGUUUCGCGGAAGAGAAGCCAUCCGCAUCGGCAACGUGAGGAAGGUUUACGUCGACAAAGACGAGACGGUAGAGGCGCUGGGCGGCCUGAGCUUGGACAUCUACGAGGGGCAGAUCACGGCUUUGCUGGGCCACAGCGGCGCCGGGAAGUCCACUCUGAUUAAUAUCCUGUGCGGCAUCUGCCCGGCCAGCGCUGGCGGCGCCUCCAUUUACGGCCGGCCGGUGACGCCCGACGGGCCCGACCUAAAGCGGCUUGUGGGCAUCUGCCCACAGUUCAACAUAGUCUUCGACGUCCUCAGCGUGGAGGAGCACCUGUGGAUCUUCGCCGCCAUCAAAGGCAUUCCGCCGGCCCGUGCCGACACCGAGGUGUCUAAAGUGCUAACAGAUCUGGAUUUGGAGAAGAUCAAGACUGCUCAGGCCAAGAAUCUCAGCGGAGGGCAGAAGCGUAAGCUCGCAGUCGCCAUCGCCUUCCUGGGAGACCCUAAGAUCUUGCUACUGGACGAGCCAACGGCCGGCAUGGACCCGUCCUCGCGCCACCAGGUAUGGUCCCUCCUGAAGAGUCGGCGGGCGGGCCGAGCUCUGGUCCUCAGCACGCACUACAUGGACGAGGCUGACAUCCUAGCUGAUCGCAAAGCUGUCAUCUCUCAAGGCCGCCUAAAAUGCGUGGGCUCGUCCUUGUUCCUGAAGACCAAGUGCGGCGUGGGCUAUCACCUCAGGAUGUCUGUGGGCCCCCGCUGUGAUGCCGGUCAUAUUUCCGCACUGGUCCAGCGGCACGUUCCCCGAGCCCGGAUGACUCGGCGGCAGGAGGCAGAGCUCACCUUCACGCUGCCUUUUGACAGCAGGGAAACUUUUGCAGCUUUGUUCUCGGAGCUGGACUCUCGAUCCGACGCCGGCGUGGUUAACUAUGGCGUUUCCAUGACCACGCUGGAGGACGUCUUUUUGCGCCUGGAGGCCGAGGCGGAAGUAGACCAAGCAGACUUCAGUGUCUUUAAUCAGGAGGCGACGGACGACGAGGGCGAGGGAGUAGGAGACGAUGCGGAGCGGCAGCUCCUGACUUUUUCCGGCAAGUCGGACGUGGUGCAAGGCGGAGCGCUUUGGCGCCAGCAGUUCAGUUCGGUGGCGCGGCUCCACGCACUCAACUUGUGGCGAGAGAGGAAGGCCUUCAUCUACAUUCUGGCUUUGUUGCUGGUGUUUGUGGCCUCCAUGCUGGUCCUGUCCCUGCUCACCGGCAACAUUCAGAUCGCCUCACCGGGUCGGCAGUUCCUGCCAAUCUACCUCCUGCGCAGAAACCAGCCCCCCGCCAAGUACGCCAGCAAGCUCCUAGUCAGCAACUCCACAGGUUCAGACAUUUCCGACUUCAUACGAAACCUUGAAGCGCAGGACAUCACCAUUGAAAUGAUGAAGAAGAGCGACUACGUGGCGGCAGCGCCACACAGCGCCGCCAUCAAUGUGACGGGAUCCAGCAAGGGUUUCCGCUACAGCGUGGCCUUCAACAGCACCACAGUACACUCCUUACCCAUGAUCGUCAAUAUCCUCAGCAACGCCCUGCUCAGAAGUCUCAACGGCACCAGACGCAUCCGAACGUGGAGCAAACCUUUCGAAUACCGAAUCCCCGAUGCCACGUCCUACGCGCUGGUCAUCAUCGAGGCCGUCUUGCUUGGAAUGCUGGCGGCCGGCAUGCCCGCCUACUUCGCCAUGGAACACACCAGAGACCGAGAGCUGAAGUGUCGCUCCAUGCUGCGGGUGUCCGGAUUGCUGCCGUCGGCGUACUGGUGUGGGCGGGCGGCCGUGGAUGUCCCCUUCUUCUUCCUGCUCCUGUCCUGCAUGAACUUGGUGGUCUUCUGCUUCCACACAGACGACCUGCUGACCUUACAAAACUUUGGCGCCGUGGUGAUGUGCACCAUGGGCUUCGCUCCAGCCGUCGUUCUCUUCACCUACGUCUGCUCUUUUGGCUUCAAUCGAGUCCAAAGCAACAAGGACUUCUUUUCCGUCAUUUGCAUGAUGGUAAGCGUGGUAUCUGCGGUGGUGGUUCACCUUCCUUUGGGCAGCAACAACCAGGAGGUGAUCAAUGCGUUUCACCAGGCCCUGUGUGUCCUCAAUCCGCUCUACCCGCUCAUGGGGUGCCUCAACUACAUCACCAAGACCGUCUUCUUGUCCUCCAACUACGAUCAGAUCGUCGUGUGGAAGAACGUGAUCGUCUCGUUUUUGGCGCCUUACCUGCAGUGCGUCGUGCUGAUCUUGGCGUUGCGCUGGCUGGAAGUUCGUCACGGCGGCAGGAACGUCAGGAACGAUAGCUUGUGCAGGAUUCGCUUCACUAGCCGGGCCGACACGAGGCCCGACCCCGACGAAUGUCCGGAUGAGGACGAGGACGUACGGCUGGAGAAGGCUCGGGUCAAGGAGGCGCUCGGCCGUCUGUCGUGCGACGAGAGGCCGCUGCUGCUUGCCAGUAACCUGAGGAAAAAAUACAAAAAUGGCAAAGAAGGUUUUGCCCUCAACAAGCGUGGAAAAGUGGCCACCAGGAGUGUCUCCUUCUGCCUUCGCAAAGGCGAGGUUCUGGGAAUUUUGGGCCCCAACGGAUCGGGCAAGAGCACCGUCAUGCACAUGCUGUCGGGUGAUACGGAGCCCACGUCAGGACAGGUGCUGAUGGGAGAUCCGGGCAGGCCGGGGUCAGAGCACUUGGGCUACUGCCCUCAGGUCAACCCUCUGUGGCCUCGGAUCACGCUGCACGAGCACCUGGAGAUCUACGCCGCCGUCAAGGGACUGAAGGGAGGUGACGCCCCGGAUGUUAUCAAGCGUGUGGUGAACGCGCUGGAGCUGAAGGAGCACGCGCACAAGCAAGCCAAGUGUUUAUCUUCCGGACUCAAGAGAAAACUGUGCUUCGCACUGAGCAUGAUCGGGAACCCUAAGACCAUCUUAUUGGACGAGCCCACGUUGGGGAUGGACCCCAAAUCCAAGCAGCGCGUGUGGAGGGCCAUCCGCGCCGCCAUGACGGAGCGCCAGCGCGGCACCGUGCUGACCACGCACUACAUGGAGGAGGCGGAGGCCGUGUGCGACCGUGUGGCCGUCCUGGUGUCGGGCCGGUUGAGGUGCCUGGGCUCCAUCCAGCACUUGAAGGCUAAGUAUGGCCGCGACUACAGCCUGGAGCUAAAACUCAGUUGGGAUCAGACGAGCCCCCAGCAGAGGGCGCUGCUGCACCAAGAGAUUCUCCAUAUCUUCCCUCACGCCUCCAAACAGGAGAGCUUUGCGACACUGAUGGUGUACAAAAUUCCCACGGAGGACGUGAACUCGCUGGCGCACGCCUUCUCGCAGCUGGAGCGCGUGAAGCAAACGUUCAAGUUUGAGGAGUACAACUUUUCGCAGUCCACGUUGGAACAGGUCUUCCUAGAGCUUGCCAAGGAGCAGGACAGCGAAGAGGACGAACCGCGCUCGCUCAGCACAACCUUCCAGUGGCGCCGUCUGCCCGACGAAACGGCCAACGGCGACAACUGCGACGACGGCGUCGUGCUGCAACUGUGACGCCCGAAAACAUCACUUUUCACGCGGCAUCAAAACUGUGGCUCCUUUCGCACCGACCGCCUAAACACUUUUCUUGAAAAGCAGUUUUAGUGGGCGCAAAAGGUAAAGGUUAAAGUAAAGGCAGCAUGAGGGGCUCCACCAUCACAUGACAUCAGCUUCGCCGUCCCUUUCAUUUUACACCAGCAUAGACGACGUUCCAGUCCGAUGCUGACAUUUUUAAUGUAGCGCACGGUAGCCAGGAUGCAAAAAAAAAAUAUUUAUAUUGCAGGGGUGGGCGUGACAUUAUUGAUCCUGAAGCAUUUGUUGUAUUAAUUUUGAAGUAUUUUUCCUGAAAUUUGUGAAUUAAAAUGUGGAUUUUA